UCAAUUUUUUAUAGAGCCGUUGCAUAAAAAAUCUUGAUCAAGUCAACCGGCUUGUCCGGUCACUCUUUCAUAAAAGUCUCCUUCAUUCUUUCAGUUCUCGUGCUUCACUUCACCGAUCACACUUCCUCUCAAUCCUCUAGUUUCAGAUAUGAAGGGUGCCAAGGGUAAAGGAGCUGCAAAGAAGGACAGCUUGAAGCCUGUUGAUGACAAAAAGGUAGGGAAGAGAAAGGCACCUGCUAAGGCUGUCGGCAAAAGCAAGGCUAAGGCGGGUAAAGCAGCAAAAGAUCCUAACAAGCCAAAGAGACCUCCAAGUGCUUUCUUCGUCUUCCUUGAGGAGUUUAGGAAGACAUUCAAGAAAGAGAAUCCAAAUGUGAAAGCUGUUUCCGCUGUUGGGAAAGCUGGUGGAGAGAAGUGGAAAUCUUUGAGUGCAGCUGAGAAAGCACCAUAUGAAGCAAAAGCUGCAAAAAGGAAGACCGAUUAUGAGAAACUAAUGACUGCUUACAACAAGAAACAGGAGAGCGCUGCUGACGAGGAUGAAGAAUCUGAAAAAUCCAAGUCUGAGGUAGAUGAGGAAAGCGGCCAGGAAGGGGGCGAUGAUGAAGAAGACGAUGAGGAUGAUGAUGACGAGGAUGAUGAUUGAGAUCUACGCCAAAUGUUUGCCAGAGACUUGAACUUAAUGUUCAUAGUUUAUACUUUGUUAUGCUUGAUGCUUUGCAUUUCCUCAUUCAGUUCAUCGUGCGGUAGCUUAGGUUUACAUAGUGUCUUUACUUUUAUGUACCCUAUGAUUUCAUUUAGUUUGAAUUAAAUGUUGACUUUAUCGGGUUGCAUGGA